CAGUGGAGGGUACUAACGUGGGGUUCAAACCAGCCGUAUUCUUCAUCACAGUUUUAGAUAAGACAGUAUUUUUGGAAUUUAUUGUAAUAUCUGCGGUCGGUCCUGUAUUCUCAGCAUCUAUAUAACCACUAGCCAGGUGGUUUGGCCAGCUACUUCAGAGAGUUAUAUGCCUGCUUGUGUAACGUUACGUUAACUUAACGUUAACUCGCGACAAGUUGCUGUUUUAUUGAGCAAAAAAUAACGUUACCUUUUGCAUUGACGUUAACGUUAGUUAACUAGAAACGUUGAGUUGGCCAUAUUAGUCCCAUUCUCUGCUACACUGUUGACAACAAUGAGCUGAUGCUGAAAGCCUCCUCCACAUUGCUAGAAAGUAAAAGUCUGGUGGGGAAAAGCUUGAAGGAGGAAUCCCGAAGCGCCUCCCCUCACUGCCCCAAACCCGACGAAUCUGAGGAGCCGCUGGGCACAGCCAUGGAGACUGGAGCUGCAAAAGAUGUCAAAGUGAAAUCUGAGGAUAUACCAUCCGAAGGGGUCAUUACUAAGGAAAUGGUGGAAGAAGAGAAGCAGCUGAUGGAGGAAGGAGAGAGGAAGGAAAAGGAGAUGAUGGAAAAGGCCCGGGAAUCAUGGGAGAGGGAUUCUCAUGACAUGCGGUUCAAGAGAUUGCAGCACUUGCUGCAGAAGAGCAACAUCUACUCUAAAUUCCUGCUGACUAAAAUGGAGCAACAACAGAAUGAGGAAAACCUCAGGAAGGAGAAACUGGAAAAGAAGGGCAAGAAGAUGGAGAACACAAACAGUGCAGAGCCUGAGAAAGAUAAAAAGAAGAGGAGGAGGGAUGACGACUACAAAAUAGCGGAUGUCAUGUCAAAAGAAGAAAUCAUGUCGCAGGCCAAGAAAGCAAAAGUGGAGCAAGUGGAGGAGGAGGCACCGGCCCAGAAGAAACUCGAAGCCGAGGACAUCGAGAAGAUGAGCGAUUCCAACCAAGAUAUCAAGAACCGUCUGUCGGAGAUGGUGCGAGACAACGCCAAGCAGCUCCUGGACCCUCACAGGAAGGUGAACGGCCAGCCGGUCCCCGCCCAGCAGCCGCAGCUCUUAACCGGAGGGGUCAUGAGGUGGUACCAGAUUGAAGGCAUCGAGUGGCUGAGGAUGCUGUGGGAGAACGGCAUCAAUGGGAUCCUGGCUGAUGAGAUGGGACUGGGAAAGACCAUCCAGUGCAUUGCUCACAUCGCCAUGAUGAUAGAAAAGAAGGUGAAGGGCCCCUUCCUGGUGGUGGCCCCGCUCUCCACUCUGCCCAACUGGAUCAACGAAUUCAAACGCUUCACACCAGAGGUGUCUGUGCUGCUUUACCACGGCACCCAGCCAGAGAGGGCCAAGCUGCUGAAGCAGAUCCACAGGCCUCAGGGGCCCCUCAGCAUGUGUCCUGUGGUCGUCACCUCUUUUGAGAUCUCCAUGAUUGACAGAAAGUUCCUACAGCGCUUCCACUGGAAGUACCUGAUUGUAGACGAAGGCCACAGGAUCAAAAACCUCAACUGUCGUCUGGUGCGCGAGCUGAAGAUGCUGCCCACUGACAACAAGCUGCUGCUGACGGGCACGCCGCUGCAGAACAACCUGGCUGAGCUCUGGUCCCUCCUCAACUUCCUCUUGCCAGAGGUCUUUGAUGACCUCAAGAGCUUUGAGUCGUGGUUUGACAUCGACUCCCUCGGUGAGGCGGAGAGUGUGGUGGCUGCUGAGCGCGAGCAGAACAUCUUGAGCAUGUUGCACCAGAUUCUGACUCCGUUCCUGCUGAGGCGGCUGAAGUCAGACGUGACGCUGGAGGUUCCUCCUAAGAAGGAGAUUAUUGUUUACGCUCCUCUGACAGCCAAACAGGAGGCCUUUUACACCGCGGUGGUGAACAAGACCAUCAGCAAGAUGCUGGGCCAGGAAAAGACGGAAGCUCCUGUAGCGCUGACGUCGAGUGGCAGGCCGAAGCGUCGCAGUCGAAAUGUGGUGGACUACAAAGAAACCGAUGGAGACUCGCCAAAAGACCUGGAGAAAUAUCUGGAGAGGGUCCGCGAGGAGCUCCAGCAGAGCCCCCGUCCAGUGCUGGAAGUCCAGAGUCCACUGAACUCCCAGAUCAACCUGAAGCUGCAGAACAUUCUCAUGCUGCUAAAGAGAUGCUGUAACCACCCCUACCUGGUGGAGUACCCACUCGACCCUGCCACACAGGAGUUCAAGAUUGAUGAACAGCUGGUGCAGAGCUCUGGGAAGUUUCUCAUCCUGGACAGACUUCUGCCUGCCCUGAAGAAGAGGGGACAUAAGGUUCUGAUCUUCAGUCAGAUGACGUCCAUUCUGGAUAUUCUGAUGGAUUACUGCUAUCUGCGGGGCUUUCAGUACAGCCGGCUGGACGGCAGCAUGUCCUACUCUGACAGAGACGAAAAUAUGACCAAGUUUUCCCAAGAUCCCGAGGUGUUCCUGUUCCUGCUGAGCACCAGAGCCGGAGGACUUGGGAUCAACCUGACAGCGGCUGAUACUGUCAUCAUCUUCGACAGCGACUGGAACCCCCAGGCAGACUUGCAGGCUCAGGACCGCUGUCAUCGCAUCGGGCAAACCAAACCAGUGGUGGUGUACCGCCUGGUCACAGCCAACACCAUCGACCAGAAGAUCCUGGAGAGGGCUGCGGCCAAGAGGAAGCUGGAGCAGAUGGUCAUCCACAAGAAUAAGUUCAAAGGCGGGAAGGCAGAGCUGAACCAAAGUAAAAGCUGCAUUGAUCUGGAUGAGCUGAUGGAGCUGCUCAAAGCCAGAGGCACUGAGAAGGAGGUGAAAGCAUCAAGGGGGAAGGUGAUCAGCGACAAGGACCUGGAGGUUUUGCUGGAUCGCAGUGACUUGCUGGACAAAGAAAAGGGGAACCUGAAGAAAGAGAAGGUGGGAGUCUUCAGAGUGAUCGAUGCCAAAGAGUCGUCAAAGAUGACGUUGACCUGAGAACAUUUGAAACAUUGAGAUCUGAACUUCUCACCAGUCCCAGAAAAAAAGCUAAAGCUGCUCCCAGAUGGCUCACAACUGCUGUCACUGAAAUGUAACAAAAAUAUCCUGAAACUGCUGUUUGUAGUGUAGUGUAUGUUUUGUCUUUUACUUUCUUAACUGCCUUGAUACCACUCUGUUUAAUGAGCGUUUCCGUUGUACUGUUUUGGUGUUAGCAUAGUCUGAGGUGUUUAAUCACUGUACACCUUUUAAGAGUUUGAAGGACAUCUCUGAGCUUUUGAUCAUUUCUGUGCCAACAUAUAAAGGGGGGAAAAAAGAUUCAGUGUGCGCGAUCCUCCUUCUCUCUCUUACAGUGGCAUUAAGACUAUCAUUGAUACACAAUGUAGAACCUGCCAGAGAACCCACAACAUUGCAAUCCAAAUGUUUGAUUAGAAAUCAGACCUGUAGACUGACAAGUUUUCCCAUUGAACCUGAUGAAUUGGAUUCUUUAGUCACACUCAGGAAGCUGUUCACGUAAACAAUUAUUUUUGUUAAGAGACUUGAGAUUCUUUUUUGACCUUCAGUCAAACGGCCCUCUCACUGUUGGCAUGCACAGGGUCUAUGCAUCUGUUUAACCACACAAAGCUGUAGUGACGUGUCCGGUUAGUCCUCUUGAUUUAUUUGGCCAUUCAGAACAGAUUAUCUAUAACAAUGUUGUAAUCAAAGCACUUUCAUGCAGGUGAAGCAUGUUUUUUCAUGUCUUUUAUAUAAAUAAAGUAAACUUGAUAUCUA